CUCUCCCAAAGCUUCCAGCAAACAUGUCCGCGCCCAGACCCAUGGCUGCGUACGCCAGCGCUUCGUGAUUGUGCGGGAAAGCAAAAAAGAGUGACUACCCGCGAGCGAGAAGGCCAUGGCUGUGGUGCGUGCAGUGAUCGUGAACUCCGUGUUAGCCUGCGCGUGCGUCGGUGUGCUCGCGCAGUUCAACUGGCACGUGCGGGACAACUUCGACGACAUCCGGACGCGGAUCGACAAAGUUAGGGGCGAAAACUGUCGGGUCGUCGAUGUCAACGAGCUCUUCCUGCCCAACGAAACCGUCACUCAUGUGCCCAACAUCCAGAGGCUCAACAUCGAUCCGGUCUUUCCGAACCGGACCAACUUACUACACAUACACAACAUGGCCAUUUCGCGGGCAUUCUUCUUCAGUUUCAUCCUGCAGAAGGCAGCGGACAAUGAUGAGCCUGGUUUCAUGUACUACUUCAUGUCGGUGAUCUCAGAUGUGGCCGCCAACCGCUUCAUCAACAGCAGCGCCAUCUACUACGCUCCCAACAUGUCGUUCACACCAUCAUACAAGGGCUUCUUCAACAAGACCAUGCCCUUGUUUGCACCGAGGGCGUUCAGGGCCGACGACUUCAAUGACCCAUACCAUCUAGAGGGCACGUCAACGUUGAACACAAUCGACGCCGUGGACCUGGGCGCCAUUCCCAUGGACACGCCGAGCCGCAACUACUCGAGCGACCAGUACCGCAUCAACGAAUGGUACCACCACUGGCUGCCAGAUCUGACCAAACGCCAGGACUCCAAGACGACGUACACCAUUCAGAUCACCCACUUCAAUGGCACCAACGAGACCUUUGUGUGGCACGGACCUCCGGAUCCGUCAGACAAUCCGGGACCCGUCAAGUGGUCUCGACCCUACUUCGACUGCGAGCGAUCCAACAAGUGGGUCUACGGUGCCACGUCCCCGAUACCUGACAUCUACCCUCGUCACACGCAGUGGCGUCACAUCGAGAUCCCCAAGUAUGUGGCGGUGGCUGUCCUAGAGCUGGAUUUUGAGCGUCUGGACAUCAACCAGUGCCCCAUCGGGAGCGGCAAUCCCCGGCCCAACUACUUUGCUGGGACAUCCCGCUGCAAGAAUGACACCACUGAGUGUGAACCAGUCCACGGCUACGGCUUCCGGCGUGGUGGCUACCAGUGUCGGUGCCGGCCUGGCUACCGGCGUCCCCGGAUUGUGCGCAACCCAUACCACGGCGAGCUCAUUGAGCGUGCCACCGAGCACGACUACCGCACAGGCUUCAACUGCGAGAAGAUUGGCUAUUUGAUGGUGCAGACGCAGAAUCUGCUCCGCAUAGCAGAGGAGGACCGCCUCCGCUUCAUCGGCAUGCAGGCCAACCACAUGGCCAUCCUCAACAUCAGCAGCGGUGGCAACAAGGACCCACACCUCGUCUUCACCCUCAUGAAGGCGGUGACGGCAUCCAACUGCUGCGAAAUCGGGCGGCAACGCCCCGAGCUGCUGCGUCUACCGGGUGAUGUGGCGCACGGUCGCGAGUGGCAUCUGGAAAAUGAGGCACGCUCGGCGGUGCGGCUGGCAAACUUCCUCUCGGGGUUCCUGCAGACCGUUGACCCCAAGGACCUGUUCGCCGAGUUCCGAGUGCCCGACCGCUCGCUCACACAGGACCAGAUCAUUGGUGAGGCCAUGUCGCUGGUUGCUGGCAACCAGCGGAUCCUGGGCUGCGGUGUGUACUUUGACCGGAAGCAGUUUCCUGGGCGGCCCCUCUAUGCGCCUUAUGCCUAUCGGCGCCAUCGCAAUGAGCGGCGCUUCUACGUCGACGACAUGGCACGCUUCCGCGGUGCUGCCUACCUGCACGAAGGGUUCUUCUCCCAGCUGAAGACCCGCUGGGCGGCCAACCUCGAUGACCUGGUCACUUACACCACCAAGAUCCGCAUCAGGUACAACUCCACAGGCCACAACCCAAUCAACUACGACCACUACCCGCUUCAAUAUCAUGCGGCAGAGGUGGAACACGGCUACUGGACUGACCCGUACUUUGACUGCGGAGGCCUGCACACUGACUGGGUCAUGGUGUACGCGUCACCUUUCUUCGGCUGGGACAGCCUCCACGACCGCAUCGAGUUCAAGGGAGUGGUGGCUGUGACGGUGAUGCUGUCGGAGCUGGACAUCAACCAGUGCCCCGACUAUAACCCGUACUCGGAAGAGAACAUCUUCCAGGACACGCACAAGUGUGACCGCCGUUCGUCCAGGUGCGUGCCAAUCUUGGGUCGCGGUUUCGACUCGGGCGGCUACAAGUGCGAGUGCCUCCAGGGCUUCGAGUACCCCUACAACGACCCUAUCACCUACUUUGAUGGCCAGAUUGUCGAGGCUGAGUUUGAAAAGGUCGUCGAGGACAACCCCAGCAAGUACGACACGCUCAAGUGCCGCAUUGCGGGAGCAUCUACCGUGCUCUCGAGUGCGGUGCUGAUCGCAGUGUCUGUGGCAAUGUUGCGGACUCUGAGUGUUGUUUGAGCCUUGGAUCUCAAUUGUAAGGUGCUCCGUGAGGAGGGCAUGUGUCAGAGGGCAAUUAGCGCAGCCAUCGUGUUGGGUCGGAUAGAUCUUGAACAUUAGUUUCUCUUUUUGCGCUGUUCUCUUGGGUUAACGGGACUGCAAGUAAUUUGUGUUCAGUGAGAUUGAAGAAGUAGUACGCUGCUGUGACUGAAUGGCGCUCGUGGUUGUGCAACGGAAGGCCCUUCAGGACACAAACGUAUGUUGUGAUAGCUGGCUAAAUAUUUUUUUCAUUGAGGGUGCCUUUCUUGGGAAGGCUAGAAUCCAUAUCAUCUGUCUAGCAUAGGGCAAGCAAAGCAGCUUUUGUUCCAAAGUCAAAUCUUUUUUUGGCUUGUCGAUGCUGCGAAGUAAGCUGUGGUGCCGGUAGUAUCUGGCAAAAGCCAUGUUUCCUGCUAGAGGCUGCACUUUUAAGUCUGAAGGUCGCAACAGCUUAGCAGCUGCGUUAGGUAAUUGAAAUGCUGUGGAGUUGUAAAGAAGUAGUGAUGAAUGGAGGCCCUGCUGCUAGCACGUGUGGAGCAACGUGGCUAGGAGGGAACAGAGGAGAGUGGUGCAGAUCAGUGUGAAUGAAUGGGAGGAGCGGCGUCAAAUGAGAAAGUACCCGGGCUGAUGGCUUGCAGGAUGCCACCACAUUGCAGAAGAGGACGAGUGAUAAGCGCAGUGUUCGUGCUGGGCCUAUGGUGUUCAAGAACAGCAGGCAAACAUAUGAGAGUGUAGAAAAAUGUGCAGGCAAGGCCUGCCACAUUCCAAAACUCGACUUCCCUGUUCUAAAGAUUCCUGUGCUCCAGACUCGACUUUGACUCCAGAAUGGGGAGGGAAGUGCUCUGCCCCUUAAGAGAACAGGCCUUCAGUAACCCAUCUCUUUGACACCUACGCUCUUAAAAAUUGUACACCUGUUAGGGCGUCAUUUUGCGGCACUACGGUGACCGUCCAUCUCGCGUGCGUUUUCUUAACAGGUGUGUCGGUACUUUUCUGUCGCGAUUCCAUCCCCUGGCAUUCCUGACGGCAAAGUACCGGGUGCUCACACAGAAAAAUCGUGGCAUCCUUUAGGGAUUGUCUUGUCCCCAAAUGAUAAUCGUCAUUCAUCUUGCAUGUAUUAAGCAUGAAAUGCUUUUAGCUCCCGUUGUCGGCGACCUCCAAGUGCUGUUAAGCCUUGGGGAUGGCCGAGAAGUGUCAUUGAAGCCUGAGUACUGCGUCAAUUGAGAGGUUUCAGCACCAUCCACUUUCUGGAGUCAAGGUGGAGUGUCAAGUAGAGUUAGGCUUAAGAGUAUGGGUGUAAGCCUCAAAGCAAAGACUGCACACUGCCUGAAACAUAGAAUGUAAAAAAAACAUGAAACAUAGAACGUAAGCUCAGAAAAUUAUUCCUCCAGGCAAAGCAUUGAGGUGGAGCACACACAUUAAGCGCAUUGAACGAGCAGCUUGGCAUGCACUGAAGACAGCUACCACUGAGACGGUCAUUUGUGUGGCGAACAAACAAAGGCUGUAAUUGUCUCCUGUUAGUAUGCGAACUGAUUUGAAGAGUGACUGUUUGUCACACAAUGAACCUUUGAGAGUGUCUCGCAACAGUACAAAGAAUGGUCUGCCAUGUUGGUUGCGAAGAGGCAAGAGCAUUUAUAUUUAGAGGGCUGGAAAGUAAACAAGGGCAUAACCGCAGCAGCGGUAUAAUUCGUAUUUGAUGUCCUUUGUGCUGUUGCCUUGACAACAGUUGCGCAGACAAGGAAGCUUGAAAGCAGUGCCUUUCUGGUCGGACCAAUUCGUGCCAUUGAGGAUACGUGUUUUUUGUUUGUUUGCCUGGGGCAAAUUUUAAGCUUUUAGAGUGUGGCUGUCGUGAUUCUUUCUGGUUUGUUAUAACCCUUUUUUUUUGGUUGACACAUUCCGUCCACAUUGCAUCACAUGUGUCGUACCUCACCGGUUGCGUCGCAGUUCUAGAGUUUGAUAAUUACUCUGAUGAAGCGACAGCUUUUAAACAAGAAAGCGGCCACCAUUUUCAGUGCUUAAAGCAGUGUCAGUUUGCGUGCCGUCUUUUCUGCAAAUCAUAACCUCACAUCUGAAUCAAGUGAGAGUCUAAAAUGUUGAAAAGAUGUUCUUUAAGGAUUUACCUCGUUGGUACAUAUCACUUGCUUUAUUAUUUCUGAUUUUUCACAGCAAGUGCCUUUGACUGAAUUCAAAGGAUGUCGUCUCCCAAAUGGAAUACCAGUGGCACUGUUUGCAAUAUUCGAUUGUGUGGUUCCUAUUGACCAUGUCAGUCUAGCCGUCCAUUUUCAGCUGUUACCUGUCCAUUAUACCUGGUGUAAAUCAAAAAUCAGCUCAUUACAAGCCUUCUUUUAAAUGCUCGUGUAAAAAUGAUGUCUCAUAUUUCCUUUUCUGGCAGACUUUGACUGUAACUUUUUUUAACUGUAACUUUCUUUUAUGGUGUGUGUUUCUGAUGUACACUUACUUUUUACUAGCCUAUUUUUAUACAUGUCACCAUUUUCUGUGCUCUUGCAAGUUGACCAGCUGGUGAUGUUUAUGUACAUAUUAGCCAAGACUAUUGAAUAGGGCGAAUCUCAGGCACAUGCUGGUGUGUGUGAAACAUGACUUGUGCAAUUUUGUGUACGAUGCAUGUGAAAUGCGUUCACUUUUCUUAUGUUAUCUGUGACAUUCCAUGAGCACCUACUAUGGUUGCUCAGCACCUGUGAGUUCUACUAUUGAGCAUGAGGUGGCGGGUUCGAUGCCUGGCCGUUGCUGCUGCAUUCUGAUGGUGGCAGAAUGCAAAAACAUUCAUGUGCCAUUCAUUGGGUGCGCUUUAAAGAACCCAAGAUAUGGUCCAAAUUAAUCUAGAGGCUCCACACAACAGUGUAUCUUCAUAGCCCUGCUGUUUUUUUUUUUCUUUCGUUUUUUGUUUUUCUUUUUUUGAGGGUCAACGCCCUCCAUUUCAGUGUUUGUCAUAGUUGAGCUUUGGGAUAUGUAAGGCUGCAUCAGUUAUUGCACUGCUCGGAAAAAAAGGAACACUGCAGUAGGACUUCACAUCACAUUUGUGAUCGGAAACAAAAUGCAGUUAUGUGGUAUUCAUGAGCUAUUAUUAGUAUCGAACUGGCCUGUGUUUGGAAACGUGGAUAUUUAUGCUUUCUUGUGUUGAUGGUGGGUUUUUCUCUGCUGUGUGAAUGCCCCUGAGAGCGUGCCUGAUUUUAUUUGCGUCAUUGUUGGUUUUGUUGUCUCUUUGUUUAAACUACCUACACGGCCUUAUUCCAGUGUUCCACCUUUCCUUGUGCCCAGGUUGCUUAUUAGUGCUGUUCGUAUGAUGUAGGCAAGAUUCUUUAAUGAAGAUCACUGUCACAUAACAAAAAAGCAAGAUUGAUGGGUUCUUGUUGCAGUUGUAGAAAGUUGCAACACAUGGCAGUGUUGGUGUUUUCUGUCGACCAUUCCUUUGAGGGCACCUCUUCUGCAGCUUCAGCUGUUGUGUCAGGAGUGCGAGAUAAGUCGACAUUCGGACAUUGUAAGAGUUUUCGUGCAUUUUGCACCAAAACUGCAUAUGUACAUCUGCUGCAACUCAAAAUGGUGUCUGUGAACUGUCAAGCUCAGGACACCUGUACGAUAUUUAGUGAAAGAAACAAUUGGGAACACAGACAUACUGACAUGAACCGAGCAGUUCUCGCCCAGUGCGUUAACCAUCUCGUCUGUGUUCCUGCUGUUUCUUUCCCUAAAUUUGUUGUGCCUAACGAACUAGCUCACACUGCCACUGUACUCAAAUCUGUCUCAUGCACUCCACGGUUAAAGUGAACUCCGUUAAGUAUUUGUCUACAAAUUACACCUGAAUUUUAGCUUGAAGGCAUGCAGACUAUUUUUAAUGCAAUGAUGUCAGUGUAGUGGCAUCCUAUCAGCAAUUUUUUUCUUCCAGUAAAGUAGAGGUGCUUCAGUUAUAUUGGCUUCACUACUAUGUAGCCAUAGGUGGUACUGUGCACUUGGCAUCUCCAGGAAAAAACAUUGUACAGCUUGCAGUGUCGACAAGGCACCCUGCAUAUGUAGGAAGAAUACGGCAGGAGCUCUUCACAUGUCUGCUUAUUAGUAUAUCUCUCUAGUGCCUGUUUCAGUGAUCAGGCUUAACAGUGCCAUCCCUAGGUUUCUGAUAACUUUGGGUAAUAAUACAGUAGGAUUUCAUUCAUUCAACUCCAGUUAAUUCAAUCCUGGCCGAAGGUCCCAGCUGGUGUCCAUGCAUUUCUGUAGACUCAAACUUUCGUUAUUUCAAUACUAAAAAAUGGACUUCACCGGAUAAUUUGAACUUGACCAGUCAGCACACACGGGACAGUGAAUGCAUUGAGCACACAUAAUUUCCCGUCAAAAAUGGCUAUUUUUGGCAUGUCCUAGGAAGAUAUUAAAGACAUAACUAGCUCACAAUGUCUGAUUACGGUAUUUACCCAAUUCUAACAUGCGCCUUUUUUCUUUCAAGAAAAUUGGGCUGCAAAUUGCCUGCACGGUGCAAUCGAGACACGAUACCAAAACUGCCUUUGUGGCAUUUGUUGCUUUACCGCAUAACACAAAUUUAUUGUUGCAAAGCUGACUAGAAUUUGUGCUGCUAAGCUGACUUUAGGAAACCGGCUGCCAUAGUGCAACACAUCUUAGACCCUUGCCCAUUUUUUCGUGCUAAAAAAUCGAGCGUGUGUUAGAUUUCUACUUCGUUUAGGAGCUUUAGUGUCAUUUUUAUUCAAGUUUUCUACUGUGGACUCAUCGAAAGGAGGCACGCGUUUGUUACGGGGGCAUGUUAGAAUCGUGAAAAUACUGCCAAAAGAACAGCAGUGUGUUUCAGCGUUUUUUCUGCAUCUUGUUUAACUUGAUCAGUUUGGCCGGUCCCAUCAGGAUCGAAUGAAUGGAAGUCGGCUCUACCAAUAACAGUUGCAUAACGCCGUUUUUCAUAGUCGGGUAGUACAACUUUCAUUCUGUUCAAGUUAAGUUCUAUUGCACUCAUGCUUACAUGACACAGUAGACAUAGAUAUUUAUCUGAAGUCCCGGUAGGUAUGAGUGUACUUCAAUGACAUGUUAUGUAACACGUUGCCCAUGUAACAGGAAUGUUUGUCCUCAGAGAAUUUCUGCCAAAAGGUUGCGACAUGUUGGUUUUGGGACACUGGCACCCUCUUUCACUGUUGUUGCUGCCUUUUCACUCUGCAAAACUUGUGAAUUGUUUAGCUGGUCUUGUUCUUGCUUUCACUACAAUAUAUAAUUAUCUCCUGAAUACUUUGUGGGGUGUAGCACAGCUUAAUUUAUAGACGUAAUGAGCAAAAGUAGAUGCAACAGGAAUGGAACGGCUAAUAGGCAAUGAGGCUUCUCACGCAGCAGUCCUGGUGGUCAGUGGGAAUUUUAUAAAUCCUCAUGCACAUUCUGCAAGCAGUGUUCCUGUGCCUUCAGUGGCAUUCAAUGUACCUCUCCCCCAAUUUUUUCUCAGUUGAUCUGAUGCAUUUGAUCGCAGAUUUCUCAGUGACUAAGUCAUCUGUUGGCACAGAAGAAAAAAGGUUCCCAGGCAGGACUGUAAUGUAUCUAUAUCUACCGAGACUUAAUGUCUGCCUUACGCAUUGUUUUGGCCACACAGUUUUGUUUAAUUUUUUAUUACUCGCUUGGGGGUUGCCGUGUGGCAUAAUGUCGGAACGGAAUUAUAUAAGAAGUAUGGAGGCCCGUUUCGUAUAGAUAAUGCAAAAGCGACUUAUAAAAUGUAUUAUCAGGGCUGUAAUGUGGGGUCGUGCAUUCCGUCCACUUCUAUUGCGAGUGGUGCAACAAUUCUUGCUGCUAUCACUUGGUUUCUUGUGCAUGACAAGAAUCACUGGAACCAAGGGUAUCAAUUUUUAUCUUAUCUACAUCCUCUAGCAGGAUUUUCUUCUGUAUAUUGUUAAAGCCAUUCCCGUACAUUGUUUCAAGAUACAACAGAUAUGACUCCUUCUUUUUCUGUUUGAGAAAUGUAUGCUGGGAGUGCUUUCUGAAUAGUGCUGUACAUAUUUACACAAGAUGGCACAACGGUAUGUUGACUUCAUGCCCUUUCUCUGUCGCCUUCAUUGAAAUAUACAGGGUGUCCCAGCUAUCAUGCAUCGCAUUUUUGAAAAGGACGAGCCAUUCUGUGCGAAGAGAACCAAGUGCAUAUUGUUCGCAGUUGAGUAGAAUAGCGGCGGGUAAUUUUUUUGUUGAUGCCAUUCAAUUUAAUAAUUAAUUUCGAUGAGCUAAUUUUUUAAUUACUGCUAUGAAUGCCGUGCUUUGAGUGAAGAAUAUGUAGAAAAUUGAAAGAAACUUUAGGCUGGCAUGUUUACAGCCAAGUACAUUUUGCCCGUUUAUUUUUUCUGGCUGAUAAAAGUAGCCCGCAAGAAAUGGAAAAUAUCACGGGGCUAACCAUCUGCCCACAUCCGCUGGAAAAAAAAAACGGGCAAAAUGUACCUGGCUGAAAACGUGCCAGCCUUAAAUUUCUUUCAAUUUCCUACAAAUUCUUCACUGACAGCUACAUUCAGAGCAGUAAUUAAAAAGUUUGCUAAUUGCAUUUCAUUAUUAAAUUCAAUGGCAUCAACAAAAUAAUUACUGGUGGCUGCUCUACUCGACUGUAAACAAUAUGCACUUGGUUAUAUUCGCGUAGAAUGGCCUGUCUUUUUCAAAAAUUUGGAGGACACUUAAGCUUCGCCUUUAAGAGUGGAAUGCGACAGCAUUCAAAGUUCCCUGACUGCAAAUUUUUUUUUUCUCCACCUUUGCCUGCCCGCACCGCUGCCGCUGAGGCAAGCGCCAUCUGGAUGCUGUUACAAGGAACCGAGCUGGGCGUACCGCUCUAUGAAUGGUAGAAAUGCUGGAAAAGGGGUUUAUGUUUGAGUUUCGUCAUAACAGAAUUAUGUUUUCUCGUAUUUUCAAAUUACAAUCCGACACUAUCAUGUCUGUAGGUUGUGUUUUAAGUUGUACUUUACGAUUUUUCUGAAGCAUCUUACUUUGAGAAAUUCAGUUAUUUCAGUAUUGCGUCUGUGCCACGCAUGGUUCGGUAUGUGUGGUUGGGAAUGAAUUUUCGCUCAGAAGAAGGUUGGCGCCGACGCGGGACACUGACACCGGAUUUUUUGCGACACGGGGCCCUUAACGCUCUCGCGUUAAAAUGCGAUGCAUUAUAGCUGGUACACAAUGUAUUCACUCCAAAUUGGUUGGCGUUGACUUCUGUAGCUCUUCAUAUGGUGAACGGGGCUCAGCUUGUAUGCGUGACAUUGUGGGAGCUUUAGUUUUUCAUGACUGUGAUUCACCAAUUCACUAGUAGCGUAAAUAGGAAGGUAAGAUUCUGUUGAUUUACACACCUUGGUGAGGCGAGACAGGUGCUAAAGUUUUUCUUUUUUGGUGUUCAAACUGUGAUUUGUUGUUAUGCGUUGCCCUGAAUUGCAUAAUUCAUUAAAAAAAACAAAAAAACAUUGGUUUCAUUUGUGGCUUAUGCUUUCAGUGAUCACAAGCUUUUUAUUGCAUUGCGUGUUUUAGAACAUUCCAUGACAUUUUGUCAAAAUCUUUUACCUUCCAAUGUAGGCACCACUUCAAAAAGGAGAUAGUGCAUUUCCUGUGUAAGGAAUGCACAAGUUUGCCAUCAUUCCAUCCUUGUAUGUGAGGGGACCAAUAUAUUAGAGUGGCAGCAAUGGAGACCACUGCUGUUGAAGACAAGUAUAUUGUGCGAUGUUGUAGUGCAUCAAUUGUAGUCAAGCAGCAUAAUCACAUCAUAUGGAUAUUUAAUGUUAAGGAGAAGAUGCAUGGUACAACACAGCAAGGCAGAAAGUUGGGCGAGUUGGUUUUGGUUCAUGGUGUAAAAGGUGAAACUUUUAACACAUACGAACGGAAAAAAAUACAAGGAUGAGCGCUCGUCCUUUUCUUCUGUCCAUACAUGUUAAAGUUGCGCCUUUUCCACCAUGGUACAAUACAAUGUUUGAUAUGACGCCAACAUGCUCAGAGUCUGAAAGAUGGCUGGUCGAAGUUGUUUAACCUUCCAAAACUUGAUGGGAACUUGCUGCAUAGGGCUGUCAGUGUCAGAUUGCAUGUGAUAUUGUAACCUGUGUCUUCUGCUUUAUGCAUUAGGUGCUGCUUGCGCGGUGGAAUACACUUUUUCUUGUUAUGGAAGUGUGUGGCCUUUUUUAAUAGCUGCCUCUCAGUGUCUCAUAAUAUAGUGUGUCAACUAUAAGUGAGGUGCCAACUACUGUCUUGGUAGUUGUUAUGGAAUUGCUCAAUUGUGUGAGUGCCCAAAAGCUUGCCAUGCCCUAGUGCUGUGCAUAUUUGUGGAGUUAUGUUGAAGGAGUUGAAUCUUGGGCUGCAUAUUGGAACGAUCACUUUCAGGCACAUGCCAAUUGGCUGAACCAGUGGAAGGUGCCGUGACGAAAGAACCUCGAAGGCAGCUGCACCUUCUGUCCGCACUUAAUAUUGCACAAUUUCAUGUAUUGAAUGUACUCAUAAUUUGGAUGACUAUGAUGUUGGGAUGCAAGUCCUUCGCAUCACCGAUGGGCCUUACUAAAUAUCACGUGAAGUGAAAGCACUGCCGAUUGUGACUGUUCCAAAAUGUGUGCAUGCCUUAUGGUAACCUUGAUCAUAUGAAUUUGUUGUUUUUUUUGUACAUGUACCAAUCCACUCGCUGUGCACAAUACAGUUUGUGAGAAGUUUGUACGAAGGAAUAAAUGACUUUAAAAUUGC